AAGUCCCAUGAUAUAAACACAAACAUUUUCCCUACUAUAUCUCACUCCGCCCUCUUCCCUAACUCCACAAAAAACACAGAAAAAAAUGGCUGAAAUGAGCCUAUUCAUCUACCAUUAGCUUCUUCUUCAACCAAAAAAAGGAAAAAAAAUGAAGUAAAUGAAAACCCCAAACAUCCCUCUUCUUCACAGAAGAAGCAGAAGAAGAUGGCAUUUGUAAUAGACUCUUUGUAUUGUAAAGAUGAGACCUUUCAAGUGUUUGAAGUAAAACCCAAAUCAGUCACUUUGUUAAAUCAAGAUUUGAUAUGGGAAAAAGAGGAAUUAGAGUCUUUGUUGUCUAAAGAAGAAGAAAAUCAAAUGUAUAAUGUUGUAAUAAACAACCCAUUUUUGUCUGUAUUUAGAAGUGAAGCAAUUGAAUGGAUUCUUGAAGCUGUUGAUUAUCAUAAUUUCUCUGCUCAAACUGCAAUUCUUGCUGUAAACUACCUUGAUAGGUUUCUUUUUAGCUUACAGUCACAAAAUCAUGAUGAUGAGAAGCAGCCAUGGAUGAACCAACUUGCUGCUGUGACUUGUCUUUCUUUAGCUGCAAAAAUUGAAGAGACCCAAGUGCCUUUACUUCUAGAUCUCCAAGUGGAGGAAUCAAGAUACUUGUUUGAGCCAAAAACAAUUCAGAGAAUGGAGAUAUUGCUACUUUCUACACUAAAGUGGAAGAUGAAUCCAGUAACCCCAUUUUCAUUUCUUGAUUAUUUCUCAAGAAGGCUUGGAUUAAAUGACCACAUUUGCUUUGAACUUCUAAGGAGAUGUGAGAAGGUGCUUUUGUCCACGAUUACCGAUUGUAGAUUUAUGUGUUAUCUUCCUUCUGCUAUGGCUGCUGCUACAAUGUUACAUGUUAUUGAUAAGCUAGAGCCUUGCAUUGGACAAGAAUAUCAAGAACAACUUUUCGGCAUUCUUGGAGUAGUUAAGGACAAUGUGACAGAUUGUUGUAAGCUAGUUCAGGAGGUGGCUUCCAACGUUGAUUUCAACUCAAACAAACGCAAAUUUGGUGCAUUGCCAGGAAGUCCCAUGGGAGUUAUGGAUGUCUCAUUCAGCUCAGAUAGCUCCAAUGACUCGUGGGCGGUGGCUGCAUCCGUUUUUUCUUCUCCCGAGCCAUCAUCAAAGAGGACUAGACCACACGAGAAGGAAAAAUGAUGUUGCAUCUUGCUCGAGAUGAUUAAGAGAGCUUUUUUCACUUACAUGGCGAGACUCGACUCUCGAGUAGACAAUGCAGCUUCCAGUAACCCUUUAAAAUCAAUCAAUGGAUUCUCAAAAUUUGUCUAUGAAUUAGUUGCUGACAUUUUAUUAGGAGGAAAUCAAAAUGUUUAUGAACAGAGUUGAAAAUAAUUUUAUGUCAUAUUCUUCUU